AUUCAUUUCAAGAGAGUAACUCAUCAAAACCAACACAUCCCAAAAGCUUGUUUUUGCCUUCAUUCUCCUCAUCAUAGCUUACACAAGCAACCACUAUAACUCUAUUUCAUUCCUUCACUUUCCACUACAAUAUCCCAUUACUUUACUCUCUUUUUUUAAUAUAUCAAUUAUUACAACUUCAAUUCCAUUAUCAUCAAGAAUUCUUCUCCAUCUUCUUCCUCUUUGCUCAUCAAUAUUAUUGCACUACAAUUAUUUACAUUCUUUAAUUUCUUCUUUAAUAGGAAAAGGGUAAUUAAUUUUUAUUCCAUCAAUUCCAAACUAGUUUUGGUCAUUGUUUUAUUUAGGUUUUCGUAGUUUUUUUGUAUUGCGUUGGAGUACCUCUGAUACUCAGAUUUUUUAUUUUUGUUUAUUAAAUAUCGUCUUUCCAUUCAGAAAAUAUAUAUUGUCCAAUAUUUUUCUUGAUUUUAUGGAAGGCCAACAAAAUAAACGCAAACGCGUUUAUUCGGUUGAACCAAACAAAGUAAUGCAAGCAAAAUUUAGUAGAAACUAUAUUAACUAUUUAGCACCAGCUUUGAUGAAGAUCAAGGAAAGAAGAAGUUCUAUAGAAGCCAAGAAUGUUGAAAAUGUUGUCAAGUAUGAAGUGGACAUGGCAAUGGUUUUUUCAUCUCAAGGUUUUGCUUGGAGUAAUGCUCUAAAAUUAAAGCUUCAAAAAGAUGGUGGUGAAGGUUCAUCAAGAAUUAAUUAUCAACAAAAUGACAUGGGCCCACUUGAUUUUUCUAAGAAAAAUUGUUCAAAAUUUGAGGCUAGUAAGAUUUUGGAGGAAAAAAAAUUGGUUGAAGAAAAUGAGAUUGUGGAUGACCAAUUGAGGUGUCUUAGAAAAUUGAUUCCAGGUGGAGAAGAGAUUAUGUGUGAUGAACAAAUGGUGAGUGAAUUAGAGAGCUAUGUAAGUUGUUUGCAAAUGCAGGUGAAUAUUCUAAAGUGUCUCACUGAUUAGACAAGUUGAAUUAAUUAUAAUCAUGUAUGUUUUGUUGUUUAAUUAUAUGAGACAAGUAUAAUAUAUGUUUUAUGUGUUA